CGGCUCUCGGACUUUAUUCAGCCAGCGAACGUCGUCGAGAGCACACGUAUUCCGUUUUCCGAGCGCGUCGAUCGCUUCAUAAAUCUCAAACAAAGUAGAAAGUUACAGCGAGUGAGUGAGUGUUUUGAGACAGCGUUCCCGAUGUGGCGCUUAGUGUGACAAACCGAAAACCAAAUACAGAGUUUCAAGUCAAGCCUGGAACAGGACUUCCUAAAGGAUUACAAACAAAAUAAGUUAUCGAAAACGUGUUCAGUUAAGAAAGCCGCCAACAUAGCCGAGUUAUUAGCCGCCCCGCCCACCGCCAACAAAACGCGCGUAUUUAUGACUAAGAUGAUUCCACCGGUGCCCACCGCUGCAGCCGUCAUGAUGCCCACGCCCAAGCAGAAGAUCGGCUUCAGCAUCGAGUCCAUUGUGGGCAAUGAUGCGGUCAGCAAUGCCGCCGGCAACUCGAGCCCGGACAACGGCCAGCAGAGUCCGCCGCCGUCGGAGCGCAAUGUGCCCGGCUCACCGCCCCAGACUCCGCCAACCUCGCUGACCCUCAUCCCCGGAUCGCCGCCACACCACCUGAUGGCCCCGCCAGCCCACCACCACCUCCACCCUCAUCCGCACGCCGUGCCGCCUCCCCAUCCGCAUCCGCAUCUCUCGCCCGCCCAGCAGCAUGUCCUCCACCAGCACAUCCUCAUGCAGCAACAACAACAGCAGCACGGAGCCCCCAAGAGCCACCAAGACAUCCAGGAGUUGCUGCAGCGCCUGCACCACAACGCUGCCGUGGCCAGUGGACUGAGCCCCCUGCAGACGAGGCUCUCCCUGGACAACGAUGCCUCUCCAGUUGCCGUUUCUCUGAAGCGAGAGCGAUCACCUGCCCCCCCUGCCCUGGAGCAGGCGGAGAAUCCCGCCCAGCGCAUCCAGCCGCCACAUACGCCGCCGAAAUCAGUUUCCCCUCAGUCAUCGCAGCCCUCCUCGUCGCCCACAUUGCUGGUGAGCAGUCCACAUGCCACGCCUCCUCAGCAACAACAGCCGCCCAACUAUCCCAAGCCGACAGUUAUGCAUCCGGCGGGAGCUGGACCGGGUCCGAUGAUGAUGCCCGGUAUGCCGCCAGCGGGUUUGGUGCGUCCCUUCCCCGUGGGCCCCGGAGGACCGACGAUGCCGCAGGGUCAGCCCGGCUUGCCAGACAUCAAGGCCCUGCCCCCGUACAUCAAUGCACCGCCAGAGCUGCCGCCCCAGCACAACCCCCACUUGAUCGCCGCCGCCCAGUUCCAGAUGGCCGCUGCCCUGCAAGCCGGCCACGUUCUGGGCCCUGCUGCAGCGGCCGCUGCUGCUGCCGGAUUGCCGCCACAUGCCGCUCCCUUCAUGCCCAAUCCGGGCAUGCCCAGGGAAAGCUACCAACUGUACCCUUGGCUGCUCAGUCGUCAUGGAAGGAUCUUCCCACACCGGUUCCCAGGAAGUUUCCUGGUACCGCCGUUCCGCAAGCCGAAACGCAUUCGUACCGCCUUCUCGCCGUCGCAGCUUCUGAAGCUGGAGCACGCCUUCGAGAGCAACCAGUACGUGGUGGGGGCCGAGCGCAAGGCCCUGGCCCAGUCCCUCAAUCUGUCCGAGACGCAGGUGAAGGUGUGGUUCCAGAACCGCCGCACCAAGCACAAACGGAUGCAGCAGGAGGACGAGAAGGGAGGCAGCGGGGGAUCCGAGCGCAAUCUGCACAAUGGUAGCGGAGACGAGGACGAUGACGAGCUGAUCGACAUGGAGAUGGACGACUGCCCCAGCGACGAGGAACACGACCUGGACGCCAGCCACUGA